AUGGUGGAUUGCAGACCAGUUAGUACCCCUCUUCCCACCAAGCUUAUUCUCAAAUAUAUACCAGGUUCAGCAUAUGAACGCCUUGAACACUACUGGCAAAUUACUGGUGCUCUUCAAUACCUAAUGAUUACCUGCCCAGACCUUCUGUAUGCUAUUAAUUAUCUAUGUCAGCAUAUGCACAGUCCACUUCAGUCGCACUAUCAACUCCUCAAACGUGUUCUACGCUAUGUGAAAGGCACAUUAUCGCUUGGGUUACCAAUUCAACCUUCCUCCCUGGUGCUGACAGGCUUCGUUGAUUUAGACUGGGCAACAUAUCACAUUGAUCACCAUUUAAUCACAGGCUACUAUACCUUUCUUGACAACACGCUCAUAUCUUGGACUGUUAGGAAGCAAUCUUCUAUCGCUCGUUCAUCCACAGAAGCAGAGUAUAUAGCAUUAUCCAUUGUUGCAUGUGAUAUCAUUUAG